AUGGAGAACAUUUCCAUCAGUGGUUACCCGACGCCCUCAUCUCUCAGCGCAAAGCCAUUCCGUCCCAAUUUUCACGGGCAAGUCAUCCGGCAACAAACAACCGACCAACCUCAUAUGCCUAGAGGAGUGGGAGGAAGUUUGAUGUUUGCUACCAGCUACAGCGCAGCUAUAGUCUAUGGAAGCUUCACGGGGACAACGCCUGAGAAAUGA